AUGUCUUUCGGAAAGCUUUACACCUACGAGAAAAACCCGAGGUCGACUGCGAUCCUCGCGGUUGCAAAGGCCAACGACACUCCCCUCGAGGUUGUCAACGUCGACCAGGAGAAGAACAUUCCUGCCGACUACACCAGCAUCAACAAGCUGGGCAAGGUCCCUACCUUUGUUGGCGCUGAUGGCUACGUUCUCUACGAGUGCAUUGCCAUUGCUGUCUACGUGACCUCGCAGAACGAGAAGACCACCCUCUUGGGCAAGACUAAGCAGGACUAUGCCUCUAUCCUCAAGUGGAUGUCUUUCUUCAACCAGGAGAUCCUCCCCCACAUGGGUGCCUGGUACCGCCCUCUCCUGGGCAAGGACCAGUACAACAAGAAGUCUGUUGAGGACGCUUCCAAGCGUGCCCUCAAGGCCAUCUCUGUCGUUGAAGAGUACCUGAGGGACAACACCUUCCUUGUUGGCGAGCGCAUCACCCUGGCCGAUCUGUUCUCCGUUGGCAUCAUCGCCCGCGGCUUCGAGUUCUUCUUUGACACCAAGUGGCGCCAGGAGUACCCCAAUGUUACCAGGUGGUACACCACCGUCUACGACCAGCCCAUCUACUCGGCUGUUGCCCCCAAGCUGGAGCUCCUGGAGACUCCUGCCCUCACCAACACUCCCCCUAAGAAGGCCGAGCAGCCCAAGAAGGAGGCCAAGCCUGCUGCCGCCCCCGCCGCUGCUGCCGAGGAGGACGAUGAGCCCAAGCCCCAGCCCAAGCCCAAGCACCCCUGUGACCUCCUGCCCAAGGCCGCCGUUCCUAUUGAUGAGUGGAAGCGCCAAUACUCCAACAACCCUGUGCCCCAGGCCAUGGAGUGGUUCUGGAAGAACAUGGACCUUACCAAGGAUUACUCCAUUUGGAAGGUCGAGUACAAGUAUAACAACGAGCUGGGCGUUCCUUUCAUGUCUUGCAACCUGAUCGGUGGCUUCGAGCAGCGCCUUGAGGGCUCUCGCAAGCAGCUCAUGGGCUCUGCCUCCGUCUACGGUGACGGCCACGGAUCCUUUAUCCAGGGUGCCUUCGUCAUUCGUGGACAGGAGCACGAGCCCGUCUUCAACGUCGCCCCCGACUGGGAGUCGUACACCUUCACCAAGUUGGAUCCCAACAACGAGGAGGACCGCAAAUACGUCAGGGACGAGUGGGAGUGGGAGCGCACCGUCGUCAAGGACGGCAAGGAGUACCCACACUACGAUGGCAAGGUCUUCAAGUGA